AUGAGGGAUACCUUUCCUCUUGCUAUAUAUGGAUGGCAAGAUGUUUUCAGUGGACGACUGAUGUUCCUAAAAGUGUGGACGUCCAAUUCAAAUCCAAAACUUGUGGGUCAGUGGUACUUAGACUAUCUGUAUGAUAAGAAAGGUACAGUCAUUACAGUAGCCAAUGACCAAUGUUUUCCAUAAUUUUGACUCAAAAUUAUAUUAAUUUCCUCAGUAUGUACCCAAAUUUUCUGGAUUUCGGAAGUUCAGGGUCAAAUUUCACCAUCACUUCCACUCUAUAUGCCUAAUAUUAAAAGUUUCAAGUUACAUGAAAUGGUAUAUGGUGUAUUUUUUUAGUUAUUAGUCAACAUCUUCGACUUGACAAAGGCACUGAAACGAAGGAUAUAGCAACCAUCCAUGCAUUUCUAAGGAAUACACAUGGUGAUACUGACACACCAGAAGACACAGUUCAUUAUGGGCCAUCAACAAGUAACAAG